CCUCUUUUUCACAGCUGAUCCUGCUUAGAGAUUAGCUUUGUCCAGCAGAACAAUUUGAACCAACCCCUCACUUUUUACCUCACCCCUAGUAUCAGUACUGACAGGUUCACCAAGCCUCUGAUAUCCCGCCCGUUCCACCAUGUGUAACUAAUUAUUGAUAUCUCCUAGAGGCAUAGCAGUAGCCAAACCCCACAGUCCAGCUAGACAACAAGAUGGCAGCUCUUCUCCUGCUGUUUUCUGCCAGUUUGUGUCUCAGUUAUGCUGCACCAACUCCAGCAACAAACAACAUCAUGCCCAAGUUUGUCUUCUCUAAAGGUGAAGAUGGAAAACUGCUCCCAGUGGAUGCUCGACUAGUCACCAUCUUUAACCGUAUCUAUAGCAACGGUACCAUGGUGGAGGAGAAGAAAGUCACAGAACUGGGAGUGAACCAGGUGGGCACAGAGGGAGGGAACUCAGAGAAUGGCCAGGCUGGCCUGUCUCUGGUUACUGUACAGAAUGAGUUCUAUGGAGACGCUGGUUUGGAUGAGCUGAAGGACAUGGUACAGGGCCUACAGACGGCGGUAGAGGACCUGACGUUUCUCCUGACUGAGAAAAUGGAGCAGACAGAUGAGAUGGGGUUGGAAGACACUCAACAUGAGCGUCUCAACAACUCAACAGCCCACUGCCCUCCAGGGUUUGUGGAGGGUCCUGAGGCCUGCUACUGGUUCUCCCGGGACAAGCAGCCGUACCUGCUGGCUGAACAUGUCUGCACCACCAAGGGGGGACGUCUGGCCAUGGCGAAGACCAAACAGGUGCACGUGUUCCUGGGCAGGUACAUCCACAGGACUACCAAGGCUUCUCACUGGAUCGGGCUAACUGACCUCCUCAAGGAGAGACAUUUCCACUGGAGUGAUGGGACUCCCCUGCAGCCAGGAGACUACAUGCCAUGGUGGCGGCGCCAGCCUGACAACAGUCGGCGCCGUGAGCACUGUGUGGAGCUGAAGAAGGUUGCCAGGUACAAGUGGAACGACAUGCCCUGUACCGGGCUGCUGCACUACGUCUGUGAACGAGACAUUUAAGACUCAACAUCAUCAACUGGGAUACCACAACAGCCGAGACAUCCCAUAUCUGAGAGGAACCUUCAAGCAUGUAUAGAACAUACUUGCACAUUUUUGCACAAUUACAACCAUACGUACCAGUAAACUUCUAUUAUCUUAUUGGACAUGAAACCAAGUAAGCACAAUUAGCAAAUGCAAAGUCCAGGAAAUUGACAGUGAACCGAUUAAUACCUUGCAAGCUUUAACCACAGUAGCACCUAAAACUAGGCACUCGCACAUGGUGCACCAGCUUGCAGAGACAAAACUGUGCAUCAAAAUAUGGCAUUGAAAUCACUAUACUCUAUAGCAUUAUUCUUGCAAGACUUAGUGUAUUUCGGCAAGAAUUUUGAAGUAUUUGCCAGAGUAUGAAUGCAAGGUAUGUAGUGGCUAUUUGUACCAAAUAAAACUUAAGCAAGACACUGUCAGUUGCCACUGAAAACCUGGAUUGACAAAUCACACAUCUACACUGAAAGAAGUAAUCUUUAUUUUUCUAUGUUAAACAUGACUUUGCAUAGCUGAUAACUUUCUUACAAAAAUGUAACUAUGGUAAGCAACACCUAAAAGCCUGCGCCUGCACAUGAACAACUGGUGUAGCAGCAGUAGUUCUUAGUAUUCCUAGUAACACCUGUGCUUUGCUACUGGAACACAAUCGAUGUGCUAUGUCUUUGGAAGACUAUAAAAACUAAAAUCACUUAUACAUGUAUAUAAAUCUGCUCACACUGUUUACAUUUAUUUCUUUUGCAUUCAUUUACUUCAUAAGCCUACAGAUAAUAAAAUACUACAGAUAAGAAAUACAUGAAUUAUGAAUUAUCCAAAAGCUUUGGUUGCAACAAGGACUACCACGGAAUGCCCCAAGUCCCCAGCCUCAAAUUUACUGUAACUCCCUAUACCAAGGAAAUGCAUUUUGUUACCAUGAAAGGGUUUUCCUCGGGUCAUUUUAAGGUCAUAUUGACCUAGACAGAUACAUUGUAUAUUCAUUUACCAAAAUUCCCUAGCAUUAAAGUGCCUUCUUGUUACAACA